UCCCUUUCCCGGUUUGCCGCCGCCUGGCUGGGCCGCUCUUGUGGCGGCGGCGGCGGCGGCGGCUCCUCCAGCGAGCAGCAUGGCGGCCGUGGAGGCCCGGGUGUGCGAGACGUCGGGCUGCAGCAGCGAGGCCAAGCUGCAGUGCCCCACCUGCCUCAAGCUGGGCAUCCAGGGCUCCUACUUCUGCUCGCAGGAAUGUUUUAAGGGAAGCUGGGCUACUCACAAGUUGCUACACAAGAAAGCAAAGGAUGAAAAAGCAAAGCGGGAGGUUUCUACCUGGACUGUAGAUGGUGACAUUAACACAGAUCCCUGGGGUGGCUAUCGAUAUACUGGAAAACUUAGGCCACAUUACCCACUGAUGCCAACAAGACCUGUGCCGAGUUACAUUCAAAGGCCGGAUUAUGCUGAUCACCCGCUAGGCAUGUCUGAAUCGGAGCAGGCUCUUAAAGGAACUUCUCAGAUAAAAAUUCUUUCUGCAGAAGAUACAGAAGGGAUGCGAAUAGUGUGUAGGCUUGCUAGAGAGGUAUUGGAUGUUGCUGCCAUGAUGGUAAAGCCAGGUGUAACUACUGAAGAAAUAGACCACGCUGUUCAUCUAGCUUGCAUUGCCAGAAAUUGCUAUCCUUCCCCGCUGAAUUAUUAUAAUUUUCCUAAGUCUUGCUGCACGUCAGUAAAUGAAGUGAUCUGCCAUGGAAUCCCAGACAGGCGACGUUUACAAGAUGGUGAUAUCGUUAAUGUGGACAUUACUGUUUAUCGCAAUGGUUAUCAUGGGGAUCUCAAUGAGACAUUUUACGUUGGGGAAGUUGAUGAGGGUGCAAAGAGACUAGUCCAGACAACAUAUGAGUGCCUAAUGCAAUCAAUUGAUGCAGUGAAACCUGGUGUUCGAUAUAGAGAGCUGGGAAAUAUUAUACAGAAACAUGCUCAAGCCAAUGGAUUUUCCGUAGUUCGGAGCUACUGUGGGCAUGGGAUUCAUAAGCUCUUCCACACGGCUCCCAAUGUGCCACAUUAUGCCAAAAAUAAGGCUGUUGGUGUAAUGAAGCCUGGCCAUGCGUUUACAAUAGAACCAAUGAUCUGUGAAGGUGGGUGGCAAGAUGAGACCUGGCCUGAUGGCUGGACUGCUGUGACGCGAGACGGAAAGCGUUCCGCCCAGUUUGAACACACACUUCUGGUCACAGAUACUGGGUGUGACAUCCUAACCCGCCGGUUGGAUAGCAUUCGCCCUCACUUCAUGACUCAGUGCUAGUGUAGACCAAGCUGGGAGGCCUGAACCCAAGCAUCUCUUCUGCUCUGUGCUAUGUGUUUCACUAAGAGUACUGGCUAAAAGGGGGGGAUUUUAUCAUCUGUUUUUCUUCUUAUUGACUGUAGGUAGGAGAUCCAGCCUUGCAUUGAGAGGUUAAUGCCGUAGGCUUGAAAAGCAGAGAGGUUUUAGAGCCUCAGUCUCUGCUCUCCUGCCACCCCAACAUUGUUUGAAAUUUUCUUUUUUUUUCAAAUCAUUGUCCUUAUGGUACCUCAUUUCACCCCCUCAGCCGGGCUUCUGUCACUGCCGCCAUUCUCAGCAGCCACACACAGCUUCUUUUCGUGGUGGAUGCAAGGAUUCAGAAACAAGCCUUUCUGUUUUUACAAGCAACACCUGAGUUUAAACUUUUUCUUGUUCCAAAGACAACCCUUCCUUAGCUGUUUAAAUGGACUGGGCUUUCAUCUGUGUAUAAUUCAGAGGUGGAAUUUUCUACUUGAAAAUGUUGAAUCGGAAUUUUGUUCUGUCUGCCCCUCUUCCACCCUGUUGUUACUGUAUAUGGAAGUAUAAUAUCUGCCUGUAAAUUGAUGGGCCUGUUUCUCUUUGGCUGGCAAUUGCUACAGGUAGUUCUCUGUCUAAGGGGGCUGGGGAGGGACAAAAUUACUGAAAUGCUGCCCCGUGCAGUUUUUUUUUAAAACCAAAAACAGAGCCUCAAGACGGGUAGUGCUUGACAGCCAAUGAUGUUCAAGGUUCGCUUUGAAGCAGCUAAUUUUUAAUUUUAGAUAAGGAAUGAGAUUGAAAUGGGGAAGUUUCUGUUCUCCUGUGUGCAUUCUAAAGAAGGGCAUGUCCCCAGAGGCCCAAGACCAAUCUCUUUCUAAUCUGCAGUGAAUUUAUGUGCAUGUCACCAUGGCCAAGUGGUUGCCUGCCAUGCAGACCACUAGGUGCAUGGUUUCAGUUAAUAUUACAGAACAGGAAUUGUGACAUGCUACUUUGCAGGAGCUGGAUCAAUGGCUCUGUGUUUGGAUUGCUACUUCUGUUCUGGAUACUCCCAUUCUGGGAUGACCAAAAAAAAACAACCUCAGUGGAUUGGAGGAGAGAGGUUUCCAAGUGGUCAUGAGAAUGGUCUAUAUAUCAAGUGUUCGAUUUUGUGUCCCCCCCCCCCGUGCUAUCAGGGCACCUUUUCAUGACUCUUUGUGGAAAUUGUGAGAUAUUCCAGUUAGCCACUGCAAUUGUUUCACCAAAGCAAAUUGUUCUAAGCAAAGAUAAUGCACUUGAAAGAAGCAAAAAUUGGACAGCCCUUGAAAUUGCUUGUGUUCUUAGGCCACGUACAGUACGGGCAAUUCUGGCAUAAUUUACCCUCCCACUUUUUCCAGCGGUAACUUUGUAAUACAGAUAUGGGAGAUAACAACUACUGCUGUUGGGGAGGGUUUGUUUCGUUAGACUUAGGCAGUUGCUGCUGAGGCUUCCAUUCCACAGAGAAAGGUGGUUUUUCAACCAUAUUUUCUAGCCUAGUGCCUGCUCUAACUUUACCAUGUUGGGAGUUCAGUAAACUAGUGGAGAGAAAUCAGGUCAUAAAAUCAUGGGCACAACAUGCCACAUUUCUACUCUGGUGUCGGACAUCUCGUCAGAAAAAUUGCAAGUUGUUCUAAAAACUCUCAGCAUCUUACCCAUGUCAACAGCACAUAACUUAAGUUCUUUAGACAGCUUAGGGCGGUUGUGACUAAACUCAACAAGAAAUUGAAAGAAAUAUUUCCUAGAGUGCCUCAGUUUUUUUUUCUUCCUGAAAGUGUAUUGUUGGGACAAUGUUUUUCAUUCUGUAAUGUGUUUAAGAGGCGGUAAAGUGACUCAGAAAUGUUACAAGCACAUACGUGCAUGUGCAAAGAUUUUAACACAGGCUCCAAUAUAUCUUGAGUGGAGUUAACCAAUGUAUGCAAUACAUUUAAGGAGAUUAAAAGUCUGGAUGGUUGA